AUUUUGUUCGACAUCGCGCAUCCUCCGCCGUCACUGAUGUUUUCUGUGGUGUAGAGCACCACAAACUGUUACUUUCCAGUUUCUCUUCCAAACGUUGUUAUCUUUUCUUCUCCUUCCUUGAGAUCAAGGCCAUCGUCCAAAUAUGUCGAAAAGUGUCGUCCGAACCUCCAAGUUCCGCCACGUCUUUGGCAGCGCCAGCAAGCAGUGCUUCGAUGGACUUCGAGUUACCAAGAACGCCAACGACAGCCAGUUCUGCGUUGUAAACACUAAGUUUCUUGCUGUCGUGUGCGAAGCUGGUGGUGGCGGUGCUUUCAACGUCAUCCCUUUGGAACAGACUGGUCGCACGGAUGUUAACGCUCCCCGUGUUACUGGCCACAAGGGCCCGGUCAUGGAUGUUGCAUGGAACCCCUUCAACGAGAACAUGAUCGCUUCUUGUGCUGAUGACUGCAUGGUCAAGUGUUGGAUCAUUCCCGAUGGUGGUCUUACCGACAACUUGACCGAGUCUGCUGUCGACUUGAUGGGUCAUCAGAGAAGAGUUGGAUCCGUCCUCUGGCAUCCAACAGCCAACAACAUCCUCGCCUCUGCUGGAUUCGACUACCUGAUUAUUCUUUGGAAUGUCGGAACUGGCGAGGCCGUGACUAGAAUCGAGUGCCACACUGACACUAUCUACAGCAUCUCUUUCAACUUUGACGGUAGCCAAAUGGCCACAUCGAGCAAAGACAAGAAGAUCAGAAUCAUCAACCCCCGUGAUGGUGCCAUCAUCAAGGAGGGCCAGGGACAUGCCGGUAGCAAGGCAUGCCGUGUCAUCUUCACCAGCGCCGACCGACUCUUCACAACUGGUUUCUCCAAGAUGAGCGAGCGUCAGUACGCUAUCUGGGACACUAGCGACAUCAGCAAAGCACUCAAGAUGGAGAUGAUCGACACCGCUUCCGGCGUCCUCUUCCCCUUCUUUGACUUCAACACCAACAUGGUCUACUUGGCCGGUAAGGGUGACGGUAACGUCCGUUACUACGAGCUCGUCGAGGACCGGCCAUACUGCUUCUACUUGGACGAGUACAAGUCAUCUGCACCCCAGCGUGGUUUGGGAAUUCUCCCCAAGCGUGCCGUCGAUGUGCCCCACUGUGAAGUGAUGCGCUUGUACAAGCUCCACCAGAAGGGACUUAUUGAGCCAAUCUGCUUCAAGGUGCCCAGGAAGUCCGAGCUCUUCCAGGAGGAUCUCUUCCCCCCAUGCCUCAGCGACGAGCCAUCCCUUACGGCCGAGGAGUGGCUUUCCGGCAAGAACGCCGAGCCCAAGCUCAUCAACCUCAAGGAUGGAUUCGUGCCCAGCUCAAGGCCAACAUUUGUUGCCCCCGAGAAGAAGGUCGUCGAGGAAGAGGCAGUGCCCAAGGGAGAGAGAGAGCUCCUCAAGGCAUACCACACUCUCAAGGCUGAGAUCAAGGCGCUCGAGGAGAAACUCGCCACCGCCAACAUCAAGAUCCGCACUCUUGAACAGAAGUAGACACCUUGCCGGCACCUUUAUUCGUUCGUCUAGUUUGGCCGGUUAAUUUUGGAUAUGUCACAAAGAAUUGCUCCCACAUUCCUAUUAGAUCUUGUACUUAUUCAUUCGUCCUUCUCAUGGCACCCGUUGCUUUCCCCACUGCUUCGGUUGUCUAAUAUUCCAACCCUGCGCCCUCCAUCCUCGUCCGCUCUUCCCUUCCUGCGUUGACCAGGGUCCCAACCGUGCGGUUUAGUGUAUGAUUUUUUCUAUUAAAAACUAUUCUAUGUACUUCACGUGCAGUACUGUACGUACGUCCAGAGAGUUUAGCUUAGGCAUUCCUUAUCAAGUCGGAGCACGCCGUACACUCGCAUGCAACACAUUAUUGUAGUGCCCAUGAGAAGUAGUCUUACGAUGGAUAGAUGAGGUAGAGCACUGCGUGCUGUGCAAUUCGG